CUCUAAAUCCCUAGACACUCUCUGCUAAAACCCUACGGCCGGGAAACUUCUAUCCCAAUCGAGAGCAAGGUCUCCGUCUCCAUCCCCGAGUUCUAAAGAGAGAUCAAAGUGCUUGCUCAACACAAGCACUAACGAGAUCUUAGCAAUGGCGAAGCGCCUUCUCCCAACCCUCAACCGUGUCCUGAUCGAGAAGAUCGUCCCUCCCACCAAAACCAACGCGGGCAUCCUCCUCCCUGAGAAGUCCUCCAAGCUGAACUCGGGGAAAGUGGUGGCUGUGGGUCCCGGAGGAAGGGACAGAGAAGGGAAAGUUAUUCCUGUUUCUGUUAAGGAAGGCGACACUGUGCUUUUGCCCGACUAUGGUGGCACUGAAGUAAAGCUUGGUGAAAAAGAGUACUUUUUGUUUAUGGACGAUGACAUAUUGGGCACUCUGCAUGAUUAAAAUAUUGGAUAAGCCAUUUAUUGGUAUUGUUCUGGGGUUUGUUUUGGAGGUUAUGGAUGGGGGUGUUAGGUUGGACUCAAUGUAAUAGAUUAAUGAUAAUGGUACUCACAAUUAUUUAAUGUUUCUCUGGAGUUAGAUGAUUAUGGCUUAUUUUCCCCCUAACCUUUGCAUGUUCUGUUUUCAUUGUUUGCUUAUAUUGUGGGUAUGGAAUUAGAGAAAAUGUUGUCUUGUU